GUGAUCCCUUUUGCUCCAUCCUUCAAAGUUGCUAGUAUGCUUUCAAUCAAACACCUAUUCACACGGCUGGAAUAUGAUCGAAUGAACUACUAACUCACGCAGCUUUGACAAUCUGUAGAAGGAACUUUGCUCGUGUUCUCAAACAAAAUUAACUUACCAUUUUAAACAACUGUCCACACCUUAGCACCAACAGACUCAUCGCGCAAUUGUGGCGACAGGCCUAUACAACAACCGAUGAACCUCAAUCAUUGAACCUCAGCUGAACCCUGCAAUUCCAAACCAAGGGGUCAACCCUCUACCAUCAAGCAGCAUAUCUAUCUGACUCAAGUCAACCCCUCCACAGCUGGGAAGAAUGCCAAUGUCAAAUCUAUCGUACUGCCCUCUGCCCCCCCGGGACCAAGAUAUAUAUCGCUUCCGCAGCCGCUACAGCAUAAACCUAGGCCCCAUCUUCCUCCACGGCCCAACCUCACCAGACACGCCCAACACAAGCGAGCUCGAAACCCUCCAAACCACCAUAAAAACCACCACCCUCGACACCACAACCCAGAAGUAUCAAACCCACUGGCAAACCUGCCCCCCGAGCACCACCACUUUGCUCCACCUCCGCGACACCCUCCACUACAAUACCCUUCACCUCCCACUCAGCUUCCUCACCCUCGGCCCGCUUUUCAGCCAGGGCACGCCCUUCGAGGGCGGCCCCGCGCAGGUCUACACGCGCUGCUGGUCCGCCGUCAAGCACUUCAUCGAGCGAUGCCACACCGUCGGGAUCGGCGUGUUACUGGAUUUCGAUCUCGCGGCGAACGGGGUGGAUCUGGGCGCGAGUGCGGAACGCCGGGCGUUAGCGAGGGAUUGUGUGGCGUUUGUGGUGCAGGAGGUUCGGUUUCAUGCGUUGGGUGGGGUGGUUGGGGUCAGGGUGUCGAGGUCUAGCGAGGGGGAUGCGGGGGAGCAGCGGCGAGCGGGGGAGAUGGCGUCUAGUGGGCUCGGGGAUUGGGAGAGGGAGGUUAGGAUGAUCGUUCGUGCGAUUGAUGAGUUUUUGCCGCUUCAUAUCAACUGUACCAGCAGCAGCAACAGCAGCAGCAGCGGCAGUGGCGGUACUCCCGAGCAGUGGUUCCGCCAUUGCAGCGAGACGCCGCUUCAGCGACUCGAGCAACUCCAAAUCCACAACCCGGACCACUCGGCUCCAAGCUUUCUGCUACUCUCACCGGAUGAAAUACGCACCAAAGCGCAACAAGCCCGCAUCGAGCGGCCACAGCUGCUGAGGGAGAUCUUGAUGCGGGCGGAGGCGGCCGAGGCGCAGGCAGCGAGCAAAAAACCAAAGCUAUGGAACAGCCCAGCCGGACGCCAGAGUUUCGUCCACGGCUGGGACGUAGGGUUCAGCGAUGCGCUGCGCUUCUUCGACGCCGCGGUCGAGAGGUUGCUGCCGGCGCGGCGCACCGGGGCGGACAAGAUCGGGGAGGUGGAUCUGUGGGCGCGCCGGCGGACGAGGGAUGUGGAGCGGCUGGAGGAGGAUUGUCGUGCCUGGGAGUUGGGGCUGCGACGGGGGAUUGCUGAUUUUGAUCGGUUUGUGGGGAAUUGAGAUGGUCAGUCAGAGGGCGUCGCACUCGGGAAGGAGAUAACUAUGGGACUAGGAGCUGUGAGUGACUACAUAGCAUACUAGCGUAUGGUUGCAUGCUUUGCAGUGGAAUUGGAGACAGAGUAAAUGCAUGCGGAGUUUCAAUGACGCUAUUCCUGCAUGGAGCUGAGCCUGUCUAUUCAAAACCAUCCGUAACCCAUGACCUCAUCUGAAUCCCUAAGAAAAUACAUAAUAAU